AUGGCUGCAGCUGCGUCGGCGUCGGGCGGCGACACCCCGAAGCAGCUCCUCUCCAUCAUCCGCGACUUCGCCUACGAGAAGUCCCACGGCGAGCGAGGGUGUCCGACCUCGGCGGCGCGCUUCGCCCGAUCUGUAGCUUGCAGGGCUGGCGCUUGCACAUGGAGCGGCGGGCUCGACGCUGGGCUGCAGCUGGAGGCUGCAUGCAGGACCUCCUCCAGGAGCCAGGUGCAAGCCGCGAUCGCCGCCGACUCCAUCCUUGCGCUUAGAGGCGACGAUCUCGCAUCUCCAGGAGGAGAUCUCGAAGGCGGCACUGAUCUGGACGCAGCGCUCAAAAGCAAGGGAGACAGUGAGAGAGAGGAGUUCAUUAGCAAGAUGUAUGAGAUGAACGCAAAGAUAAGGCAAUUUCAACAGAUGGUCUCUCUAGAAUUAGCAGAGCACAAUCACUGUGAGCCGUCUACAGAAGAAUCUAAAUGA